AUGUCAAUCUUUGCCUCAAUUGUUUCAAUCUCAAAAGUUAACAACAAAAAGAAUUCAACAGCAGUUGGUUCAUCAGAAAAUAAAAUUCAAUACUCAACAAGUCAAGUUUCUGGUGGUCUUGUAAGUGAUUUACUCUGCGAUAUUGCUGUUACUUUGGAUAAAGCUGGCCUCUAA